ACAGCACCGACCACUGAGUUAAGGCGGAACUCGUUUCUUUCCACCUCAAAAAAGCUUCUCUUCCUCUCUCCCAGAUGGAAUCUCUGGCAAGUUCAGUGAUCCUUUCCAAUCAUCCCGACGUAUAUGCUCAAUUACCGGCCUCUACUCCACUUCUUCCUUCUUCUUCUCCGAUUAAAUCACCAAAUAAGGGAAUUGGGUUUCUUAAAUUCAACUGCAAAAGCUCUCAUAUUCUUGGCCUUCAUUUUCACGCUCAAACCCGUGAUGGCCCCACUGAAAAUGAUGAGGAAAGACCCGUUAAUGGUGGGUUUAGCUUAGUUUCUGGAGAUACUGUCUUUUCAAAGGACAAUUCAGAUCACAAUAAGAGCAAUGAAGAGGAUGCAGAUAAAUUAAUAAAGGUGGAGCAACAUGUUACAAUCCCAAAUGUAACUGCAGCUGGUGGGGGAACUAGAGCUGGACUUUUCAGAACACCAAUAUCUGGUGGAGUGCAAAGUGCAACUUCAGCUCAUGGGUUGCAUCCACCAGCCUUAGCAGUUCGCAAUCUGAUGGAACAGGCUAGAUUUGCUCAUUUGUGCACUGUAAUGUCUCGGAUGCACCACCGAAGGGAAGGGUAUCCCUUUGGCUCCCUGGUUGAUUUUGCACCUGAUUCAAUGGGUCAUCCAAUAUUUUCGUUUUCACCAUUGGCUAUACACGCACGGAACUUGUUAGCUGAUCCAAGAUGCACUCUUGUUGUGCAGGUACCUGGAUGGAGUGGCUUAUCAAAUGCAAGGGUAACAAUUUUUGGAGAUGUAGUUCCACUGCCAGAACAUCAACAGGAGGGGGCUCACAAGCUAUACAUAGCAAAACAUCAACAAGGACCUUCUCAACAGUGGGGAAAUUUCUACUACUUCAGGAUGCAGAACAUAAGUGACAUAUACUUCAUUGGCGGCUUUGGCACUGUUGCUUGGGUUGAUGUGAAGGAAUAUGAGACCCUUCAGCCUGACAAGAUUGCAGUUGAUGGAGAUGAGGAAAAUCUUAAGAAACUGAAUGCAAUAUUUUCAAAGCGCCUUAAAGAGCUAUUAUCCACUGAAAUUGAGGUUGAUGAUGCUGCUCUGAUAUCAAUAGACAGCAAGGGUAUUGACAUCAGGGUGCGUCAAGGUGCACAGUUCAACAUUCAGAGGCUAUCAUUUGAAGAAGGGCACAGCGUUGAAACUUUAGAGGAGGCCAAGGCCACUCUUUGGAAAGUAAUAAAUAAAGGGCAAGUUCACAAUCUGCAGAAAUAGAAGUGGCAUGAUGUGUGGAAUUUUUGUUGUUCAGAAGAGAAUAAACUGUGAGACAAUAAAGGAUUUGAGUUACACCGUUCUGUAUUUGCUUUCCUUUUAACCUAUAAAUUAGAACUCUAGAAAAGCUUAGAGACAUCAUGUAUAAAAUUUUCAACAUAUAUGAUCUAGUUUGAAUAACUGCAUUUGACUGAGGAAUGGGAAUUUAGAAAAUUUAAUCA